CACACAUGUGUUGAUUCAGCACCUUGCUAAUAGCGCACACAUUAAACUGCAGCACAGAUCAGAUCAGAGGAGGAGUGCAGUAAUGAUGAGGGAGAGCCCGGCAUUGGAAGCUCCUCAUGUGGGUUUGGACAUAUGGAACAGAAAGGGUAGCACUGAGCAAAUGUGUGCAUGGUGCAUGUAGAGUGUGUUUGCAAGAGAAAGGAAUAUAGAAGCAGAGAGAGUGAGGAAGAGGCAGAGAGAGAGAGAAAGAGAGAGAGAGAGGGAGGAGAGAGAGAGAGAGAGCGGACGUGUGUUGGUGAGAGCUGGGAGGAAGGAUGGCUGCUCAUGUCUGAACUGCCUCAAACGCUCAAAGGGAGAGUCGAGGCAAAAAAAAAAGGGAAAAAAGGAAAAGAAAAUCCAGCAGAGCAGGUGCAGAGAAACAGACGUCUCACUUGGGGACACAUCUUGUUCAUCAUUUGUUGAGAAGCAGAAAAGAUUUGGCAAUGCCUGCUGAAGUGAAGGAGGAGCAGAGUUCAGAGGGGCCUCCUCCACUCUCCUUGUCCCAGGAGGUGAAGGAGGUAACUGCAGACAACCCAUUCAACACUGACGAACUGGACACGCCUACUUCCAUCGCUUCGGUGGUGACCUCGACCAAUGAGAGCUCCACAGAGACCGACACCCCACAGCAGACGGACACUGAGGACUCCAAGGCUGUAGAUCAGGAGAACAAACAGGAGCAGAGUGACACCAACCAAGAAGCGUCCGAUACGCCGCUGGAGAGCCUCCAGACGCUGGGUCCGCCUGAUCUCACAUCGACUCCUGUGGCUCAAGACAACGCUCCGACUGAUCAGCCUGUUACUGUAGCAAACCCAGAGCCGUCUGAGUCCAUCCCAGUGACCACGACCACCAGUGGCCCCACAGUGACACCACCGCAACGACCACAGCCCACCGAGUCUCAGCCGGCCAAUCCUGAUGCGCAGAGCAGGGUGUACGCUCUACCCGACGGCUACAGGGGCGUCGGGGGUGACUUCUGCACCGGAUACGGAAGUCUGUCCCGGGCCACCCUCCACAGCUACUGGCCUGCUAAGAACUUCCAGCCGGGGGCCCACUACACCCUGCCUUUCCUCAGGGACAGUUACGCUCCUGCAGGCGUCAGCAGCCAGGGAGAAGAGGAUGGCCUCUGUGAGCGUGGAGAAGUUGAACUGGACAUGAAGACUGACCAUCCUGCCACCAGUUACCCAACUCUGGGAGGAAUCCACCAGUUCAGGCCCAUUACCACCAUGGAGCUCCUCAGGGAGCCUUCCAGAACCAGAAGCGGCUAUGAUGAUGCCUUCAUGGCCCAGCUGGAGGGGAACCUGAACCCAUUCUUUCAGGCCAUGUGUCGAGCGCAGACCCUGCAGUUCCCCCACAAACGCAGCAGCAUGGUGAGUCUGGACAGCAUCCGCAGAGACCCACGCUGGAGGGACCCAAACCUACACGAGGUCAUCUCAAUGCUCAACCACCCAAUGGACCCCGUCAAGUCGAAUGCUGCCGCCUAUCUGCAACAUCUGUGUUAUGAGAAUGACCGCAUCAAGCAGGAAGUCCGUCAGCUGAAUGGAGUGCCCAUUUUGGUGGAAUUACUCGACCACCCUAAACCUGAAGUCCAUCGCAAGGCUUGCGGUGCCUUGCGCAACAUAUCCUACGGAAAAGACCACAACAACAAAAUGGCUAUCAAGAACUGUGAUGGCAUCCAAGCUCUAGUCAGACUGUUGAGGAAGUCCAGCAGCAUGGAGGUCAAAGAGUUAGUCACAGGCACUCUGUGGAACCUCUCCUCACAUGAGCCACUCAAGAUGACAGUGAUCAACCACGGCCUUCAGACAGUGACUGAUGAAAUCAUCAUCCCACACUCAGGCUGGAGGAGAGACUCCACUGACCCCUUGAAAAUGCAAGGUGCUGAGUGGACCACGGUCUUCAAGAACACCUCCGGUUGUCUCAGGAAUGUCAGCUCAGAUGGGGCUGAGGCUCGGCAGAGGUUGAGGGAGUGUGAGGGUCUGGUGGAUGCGCUGCUUCAUGCUCUUCAGACCGCAGUUAUCAACAAGGACACUGACAAUAAGUCAGUAGAGAACUGCGUGUGCAUCCUACGAAACCUGUCGUACCAUGUUCAUAAAGAAAUACCGGGUGCAGAACGAUUUCAGGAGCCCUAUACCAGUCAUACGAUGAGGUCUGCAAGCCACCAGAAGAAGAAAAAUGAAACGGACUGUUUUGGAGGGAAAAGACCCAAAGAGGAGUGGUUCAAUCAAGGUUGGAAAAAUGGAUUUAUGGACAGAAAAUACGGUACAUUGGAUUUACCAAAACGUCCAGAACAAAUGAAAGGGUUGGAGCUGCUGUACCAGCCUGAGGUGGUGCGACUCUACCUGUCUCUUCUCACAUGCAGUCAUAACCACAACACCCUCGAGGCGGCCGCAGGAGCGCUGCAGAACCUGGCUGCAGGACACUGGGCUUGGUCCAGCUACAUCCGAGCCACAGUGAGAAAAGAGAAAGGGCUGCCGAUUCUGGUGGAACUACUGCGCUCAGAUGUGGACAAAGUCGUGCGAGCUGUGGCUAUAGCUCUUCGCAACUUGGCCAUGGACCGAAGGAAUAAAGACCUGAUAGGGAGCUAUGCUUUAAGGGACCUUGUGGGCAAUCUGCCAUGUGGACAGCAGCACCCAGCGAAGAAUCUAGAAGGAGAUACAGUGGUGUCUAUUCUGAACACAAUCCAUGAGAUCAUCACAGACAGCCCUGAGAAUGCCCGGGCGCUCGUACAGGGCCAUGCUGUCCAGAAACUGGUGGCAAUCAACAAGUCAAGCCAAUCAGCACGCGAGACCAAGGCCGCCUCCCAUGUGCUUCAGACGAUAUGGGCCUACAAGGACCUGAGAACCACUCUGACCAAGGCGGGCUGGACCAAGAGCCACUUUAAGCCCACAACGACUGGAGUGACUAAAAAAUCCAAGAGCACAAAGCAAGGCAGCGAUGACAUCACCUUGCCUCUCAUGGACAAAAACCAAGAUGUUUAUUCCACUUUAGAGCCAAAUGACAGAGUUGGAGAUGGAAAAGGGUCAGUUGUGGAAAGAGAGGCUCUGCAGACGAUUAGUGAAAGGAAACACUUCAUCCGAGCUGGACGUCCUGCGGUGGGCCUCAUGGAUAACAAACCCCCUCCGUUAGACUCCUGGGUGUGAACACCACAGCGGGGCCUGGACACCAACCACCUCCUAUACAAACACUUUUCAUCUGUCAAAUACAGAUCUGUGCCAUUUGAUCAUUCUUGUAUAGACAGAGAAAAAAAACAACCACUUUCCUUUCUUUACCUGAAAAAGAUGUGCCAAACAUUGACAUUUAUUUAUUACGGAGAUUAUUUGGCAUUAGAUUUGAUGGGUUUUGUCAUUUAGGAAGAUGCACUUAAGGAGGAUACGUAUUCCAUAUGAAUUAGCCUAAAUAUGCAAACUAUUGUGAAUCAUGACUCCAAAGAAUAUAUUACAUGUAUAACUGAAAUUUUACUGAUACAUAAGGAUGAGCUAGUUUAUAAUACAUUAUGUCUAGUUUGUAAAACUUUCAAGGCCUCAAGUGACAUGUCAGUCUGUUUGUGUCCAUCCCUAUGGGUUCUGGGCCAAAAGAAUAUACACUAUUAUAACAAAAUAUGGUAUGAAAUUAUUCAAAGAAUUAUUUUGUUCAGUGUUUGAGAUGAUUAGGAUUAGGAUUAUCAUCAACCUAUUAAUCAAACACAUUCACAUGAUUUGGCGUUUAUGUUCUUCUCAACAAACCUGCUAUCCAAUUCAGUAAGACUAGAAAUGGUCUAGAAUCUGUUUGUGUCUGGAUAGGCAAAAUGUGAUGUAAAUGUGUAACAAAGGACUGUUAAUAAUUUAAAUGAAGGCAUUUAUAUUGUAAUAUUUAUUGUAAUACCCAUGUUAUUAAUCAGAGGCCAUAAAUGUGUAUUAGCUAAUACCAGUAAGUGAUCCUACAUUCAAUAAAACUCUGCUUUGCAGUG